GCUGCAGACCACAGGGAGAAGGCUGGUCCACCGACGGCCUGCUCAGAUGUUAGCUAUUGGCUUACACUGAACCCAAAUUAAACCUCACAGCGCUGUUUCACACUGUGAAGACGGCAUCAGCCAGGCAUUCAGCACACAUUAGGCACUGUAAGCAAGCCUGCACGCUGUACCCCUGUGGGUCACGCCCACCGCCAAAGACACGCCGACCAGUGUGACAAAACCACCGCAAGAACACACGGCUCUUUAAAAGCCACAAAAAUGAGCAAAGUCAAUCUGAGGUGAUGGAGCGAGGUGCAUACAGGUCCUCCACACAUGAACCUGGCUCUGGUCCAUGACAGAGAGCUCAUUAAGACGUUCUGGGAGAGGAGGAUCGAGACUCAGACUCAGCAAGCUGAGAGCGAGGAGCAGAGGAUGAGCCAGAGCGCCCUCAAAAAGCUGAGGGGGGAGUGGCUGGUCCGUCUGGAGAACCGAACCAAACACCUGAAGAACCUCAAUGACAACUACAUGAAGAAGAUGAAGAUGGAGCCGUCAGCUGACCAGACCUGAGCCCCCCAUAACUCACUGUAGAGCUGCUGAGCCAACAACCGUGUCUCCUCCUGCUGCUG